CUUCAAUUUCAAACCUAUUUGUAUCAUGUAGACAAAUGUGAAGUACACGUGUAGUUUUAUUUUUCUGUGAAAAGCGUUUGUCUAUUGAUGAAGACGUUUUAUGCAGUGGCGGAACUAGGAUUUUUUUUUUUUCCUUCGGGGGACCAAGGGUUCCUAGAAAAAUCUGAAAAUAACCUUAAGUCAAUUAUCUGGCCUGGCACCUGGGGAGUCUGGGGGGGGCAGUGCCCAAUUGGCCCCCCUCCUAGCGCUGCCCUGUGCUUUUUCUCCUUGUGACAUGGCUUAGAGAAUGGAGGAUAAUCCAAGGUAACAUUUUAACCGCUGUAAAGUAAAAAUGAUUACUUGCUUGCUAACUUGUGACCGAGACAGAAGUAGUACGUGUGUGUAUUUAACUACACAAGCCCCCGAGAGGCAAGUCACUUGACAUAAAGGCUGAACACAGCUGAUUUUGUGGUGCGCGCGGCGGCCGGCGUCCCUGUUGGCAUAUUUCCACCCAAACCGCACUGUACCAAGAAGCCAGGAUGUGACGAAUGACAUUUUUUCGGCACUAAUAUUUUCCUCCUGUUAUGCCGCAUCACGCUACCGAUGUGAACUCACAAUGACUCACCUGGAUGAUACUCCCUUUUUCACAACCACAUCACAUUUCCCAGGAGUGUGUAAUUGAGACUGGGAAAAUUCCAUUAAAAAGUAGUCUCGGUCUGGGUUUUUUUUUUUCUUUUUGUGUGCUUCAGGGGUUAAUCAGCUGCCACUUAGUGAGUCGUGUCAUGUGAUGCCACUACCCCCCACAAGCACUCAUUUGAGUGGACUCUUACUCUGCAGGGAUACAAUUCAGACCUUGUGCGUGCGUGUCCUCACGUCCGAAGCUACUCGGGUUCGUUUGUCAUUGGAGUGCCAGUGUUGAGUAUUUGUGCCCGUCUGAGAUAUGACUGAGGUGAUGAUCAACAACACCCCAAUGGACGACAUGAGGCUCAGUCCCGCCAAGGACAGACUUUCUUUCCAGAUCUUCCCCGACCCGUCGGACUUUGAGCGCUGCUGUAAGCUCAAGGACCGCCUGCCCUCCAUCGUGGUGGAACCGACCGACGGCGAGGUGGAGAGCGGCGAGCUCCGCUGGCCUCCCGAGGAGUUCCUGGUAAGCGAGGGCGAGGACGACCAUGACGAAGCGCAGCCCAAUCACAACGGCAUCCAAAACGGACAGGCCACGGCGAACUCCAAGCACUAGGAGCCGUUAGCCCCUUUUGCUUCCGAUCCGUUCACGCACUGGUCACGCUGCACCUUAAACCUUUCCGGCUGACACCACACGAAAGAAGCAAUAGUUUUGUCACACUGCCACUCCAUGGGACGCCGUUCGCACUCUUGAGAAAAGACUUGGGACUGCGCUAACACCGGGGGCCAUGACAUGGCUCCACUGACCCACCCCACCCAAAAAAGAAUUGCGCUUAACCCUCCAGCUGUGUGGUCACUCUCUGGAUUGCUGUUAAGUAUUUGCCUCUACGCAAGGUCUAGCCGUUUUGUUUGAUGUCGUGGGUGUCGCAUGAGCUGAGGAUUGUAUUCCUUUUUUUUUUUUCCCCAGUCUAAAGUUAACAUCUUUGUACUUUUUGUAGUUCAGCGCUAGAUGGUAAUAGAUAUUUUUUUUUAAGGAUAGUAGCAUGUAGAUGUUUAGUGCAGUUUUGCUUCAAGAGUAAUACAUUGUACUAUUUCGUCGAUACACGGGGUUCUUCACUAAAGUCACAAUUCGGCCAAUUAGCCAAAAAGUGCAAGGAGGAGAAAACCGGUGCGCUGAAUCGAUUUACUAGUGACAACAACUUUGAAUUACUCGUGAGGGAAAACUGCUUUAGUUGAUACUAGCGUGCUAGCUUGUUCUACUUGUGCGCUUCACUGCGGCGGUUUUAAGCAAGAGCAAAGGAAAGGGAAGCUAGUAUGCUAACCGGAUGCUAAUUGCUCGCCCUGUGUGGCCUUACAACUUGACCAUUUGCAAAUUACAAUGGUUUUUUAAUUUUUUUUUUCUCUUCGGUGGACGUAUAAUGGAUCCCGUCACAAGUGAACACUCUGCUCCUCUCUCUAUUCUUCCAACUUGUUUCUGUGGAAGCAGCUGUAUUUUUUUGUCACCAUGUAGCAUCAAUAUGUACCUUCAAUGUCAGAAAGUAGCAUUGAUUUUGUCAGUCACGUGUUCUUCUUCUGACUUGUUAUGUGUGUGAUAUUAGGGCUGUGUACAAUAUCUCUUUUUUUUCUUUUUCUUUUUUUCUCUGUCUAUAACCGAGCUGGUUGUUUUUGUAAAGCUCAGGGAGAAUAGCUGCCAUCUUUGUUUUGUUUUUGUCAUUGUAUUUAGAUAACUGGGUUUUUUUUUUUCUCUUGCUCUGUUAGCAGAGGCUGUAAAUAAACUUUGAAUUUGCUAA